AUGGCUUCACACUCCACUAGAGUGCACCCACUCCCAGAGGCAGUUGUUGAUCACCAACCCAUUCACAAGCCACUAGCAAUUUUGGGUCAACGAGUUAUUAUAAAGGAUUCUAAGCCGGUCUCACAAGUGUUAGUUCAGUGGCAGGACCUCGUGCCCGACGACUCCAGUUGGGAGGAUGAGCACCUCUUGGAUAAUAUUCGACUUGAGGACAAGUCGUCUCUCUAUGGGGGAAGGAAUGUUACGUCCCAAGGAUUGCAAAUCAACUAUUCUCUUAACAACCUCCAUGUCUCCGUAACGAUGCCAUCGAUUGAGGUGGGAACUGUUGGAGGUGGGACUCAGCUUGCCUCACAAUCCGCAUGCUUGAAUCUGCUCGGAGUGAAGGGGGCCAACCGAGAAGCGCCGGGGUCGAACUCGAGGCUCUUGGCCACCGUUGUGGCCGGCUCAGUCCUUGCGGGAGAGCUCUCUCUGAUGUCGGCUCUGGCAGCUGGCCAGCUCGUCAAGAGCCACAUGAAGUACAACAGGUCCAACAAGGAUGUCUCCAAGGUCUCUUCCUGAACCAUUAUUGAACUUGCCCCUCCUUGCUUCAAAAGCCUUCGCUGACAGUGUCGAAGAAGACGAGGAAUAAACAAAAAGGAAAGAAAUUGGCCACAGUUAGCCAUUGGAGGUGAAAGAG